GCGAGCGUCUGCUGUGACAGUCGCAUUCAGAAGCGUCCGACGCGGUGAUCAGCAGUCUAGGCAAUGUCCUUGUCGUCUCAGUCUCAGCUGGAUGCAACAGCUGUAGAGAAUUUUCGGGAGUAUUUGCGAAUACCAUCGGUCCAACCGAAUGUAAAUUAUGAUGCUUGCGUUGAAUUCUUACACAAACAGGCAAAGUCUCUUGACUUACCGGUCAAAGUGUAUCAUGUACAUCCAGGAAAACCCAUUGUGGUUCUCACAUGGUUGGGUACGGAACCGAAAAAGCCAGCCAUUCUUUUAAAUAGCCAUAUGGAUGUAGUGCCUGUCUUUGAGGAUCAGUGGACGUAUCCACCUUUCAGUGCUCACAUGGAUGAACUUGGAAACAUUUAUGCGCGUGGCAGCCAAGACAUGAAAUGUGUUGGAAUACAAUAUCUGGAAGCUGUAAGACGUAUGAAAAUGACUAAUCAACGUUUCAAGAGAACAAUUCAUAUUUCCUUUGUACCUGAUGAAGAAAUAGGCGGUAAACUUGGUAUGAAGGAGUUUGUGCACACAAAUGACUUCAAAGCUUUAAAUAUUGGCUUUGCACUCGACGAAGGAGUUGCUUCUCCUACUGAAAUAUUCUACAUGUUCUACGGUGAGAGAUGUAUCUGGCAUGUAGAAAUACAUUGUACAGGAAAUCCAGGACAUGGAUCUUUAAUGCUAGAUAAUACUGCUGGAGAAAAAAUCAAAGUUAUAAUUGAUCGAUUUAUGGACUUUAGAGCGUCAGAAAAGGAAAAAUUGAAAGAUACUACCAAAUACCAAAUUGGUGAUGUAACAUCAGUGAAUCUUACUCAAUUGAGGGGUGGAGUACAAACAAAUGUUAUACCAAGCGAAUUGACAGCCAUGUUUGACAUAAGACUGGAUCCGUCCGUCGAUCAUGAUGAAUUUGAAGCUAUGAUUCAGAAAUGGUGCAAAGAAGCUGGAGAAGGUGUAUUUUAUACAUUCGAACAAAAAAACCCAAAAGUUGAGAAUACCAAAUUGGACGAUACUAAUCCAUUUUGGAUUGCAUUUAAAAAUAUCUGUGAUAACUUGGGUAUAACUCUACAAAUAGGUAUUUUCCCAGGUGGAACUGAUAGUCGUUAUGUAAGAUCUGUCGGUAUACCAGCAAUUUGUUUUUCACCAAUGAAUAAAACGAAAAUACUUCUUCACGAUCAUGAUGAAUAUUUAAACAAAGAUAUAUUUUUACGAGGAAUAGAAAUAUAUAUGAAGAUAAUACCAGCAGUUGCAAACGUUUAAGUGCAAUAUCGAACGAUUCAACAAUAAGGUGUCAUUGAAGUAUAUCCAUAUAACAAAAGUGCAAUAACAAAUUAAUAUAUAAUCAUACGAGUCAAUUGUUAUAUUAAACGAAACAUUUACAUAUUUUAUGAUGCGUAUCAGAACAGACAAUCGUUCUGUAAGAAUAAGAAAAGUGAGAAAUCAAUGAAAACCCAUAGCACGUAACAAAAAGCAAAUAAUGCAAGUAAUAAUAUUCUCAUAAGAGGAAGAAGAAAAUACAAAUAAAUGGACAAGAUUAGAACAAAUUAUAGAGCGGUGAAAUGAAAAUAUUCAAUAGAUUAAUAUAAAAAUAGAUCAACGAAAAAGUAAUAUGUGUAUAUGUAUGUGUGUAUAUACAUACAUACGUACAUACAUAUAUAUAUACAUAUGUACAUCAAAUAUGACUACUGUAUUUGUUCGUCCAAGAAGAAAUAAUGGUCGACUUUAAUGUAAUGUGAAAUAAUUUAUAAUAUAUAAAUGUUUAUCUUUAUACGCAGAUGAAAAAUUGUGAAAAUAUUACUGGCCAUCAUAAUUUGUCGAUGUUAUACAAGUUGGAUCGAAAAUAUACGAAAGGUAUGUUAAA